AUGGACAAGCUACGUUACUUCAUCAACGCAGCUAUUGGCCGUGGACCGACAAAUAAAAACAUGUGGAAUAAAAAUAUUGAGUGUUUGAGAGGAAUAUGGCACAAGGAUUGGAUGAAGUCAACUCUAACGAGUAGUUGCCAUCUUCGUGAAUUAGGCAUAGAGUUAGGACGGAUAAAGCGUGAAGAGUUGAUCAAAGCGAGAGCGUCAUUGGAGAAGAUGCAGAAUCUUGUCAUACUUCACUUAAUAUGGCCGGAGGAUAAUUAUGCUAUUGACAUAGCAUUAGUUGUGCCGCAGCUCGCCAAUCUCACGAAACUUAAACUGGAUGGUGAGAUGUCCAAAUGUCCAAGUGCGAGUAUGUUCCCUCCAAAUCUUUCUCACCUCACUUUGACAGGUUCAGAGCUAGUUGAUGAUCCAAUGGCAGAGCUGGGUAAGCUUCCAAAGCUUUUAUUUCUCAUGCUACAGGAUGCAGCUUACUUGGGUGAAACGAUGCUAGUUUUGUGCGACGGGUUCCCCAGCCUCGAAGCCCUGGCUUUUCGAGAUUGGAAUGGACUGAAGAGCGUCAUCAUAGAAGAAGGUGGAAUGCCGAAGCUCAAACAUCUCUGA